AACAUUUUUGUUAAAACAUCCAAAAGCGAAGUAGUUUCACUGAAUUCGAUUCUCCAUCGCUUUCCUCAACACGCCAUCAUUCUCUCUCUGUUUUAUGUCUCAUCACAAUUCGGUGGUUUAAGGACCAUCACAAUGAUAUCUGGAUACUAAUUUUCCCUUUGCAAGAAGGGAAAAUCCUACGAAUUUGAUCUCCAAUUUUCAUGAGAGGUUCUUAAAGUUCUUGAUCCCUUUUUUUUUGGAAUAUCACGUCUAUUCCCAUGGAGGUUUUGGAGAAGGAGGAGAGCAAGAACGAUAGUCAUCUGACAUCAGCUGCAGCUUUUGUGGAAGGAGGAAUUCAAGAAGCUUGUGAUGAUUCUUGUAGCAUUUGCCUUGAGGCUUUCUGUGAUAGUGAUCCUGGCACGGUGACUGGAUGCAAGCAUGAGUUCCAUCUUCAGUGCAUUCUUGAAUGGUGCCAAAGAAGCUCAAACUGUCCAAUGUGUUGGCAAGCCAUCACCCUCAAGGAUCCUACCAGUCAAGAGUUAUUAGAGGCAGUAGAACAGGAAAGACGCAUCAGGUUCAAGCCUGCAAGAACUUCAACAAUAUUUCAUCAUCCCACUCUCGGGGAUUUUGAACUACAACAUUUACCGGUUGGUGUUAAUGAGGGUGAACUUGAGGAUCGAAUUAUCCGGCAUCUAGCGGCUGCUGCCGCCAUGGGGAGGACCCACCAUGUGAGUAGAAGGGAGGGGUCAAGAAACCGGUCAACGGGUCAUGGUCAACCACAGUUCUUGGUUUUCUCUGCUAACCCUAAUGCACCUUCAUCUGCCACUGAUCCAGGUGGAGUGGAAGGUGAACCCGUUGGUGUCACUUCAGCUAGCCCAUCUGUUCCACUUAGGUCAACUUCAGAAACAGCUAACAUAUCCAAUAGUCAACAAGGGACCUCAGUUAUACAUAGAAGCUCAAGUAGUCAAUUAUCUCUUCCUGAUCAAGAUCAAGCUGGUCCUUCAGAGUUCCAAACAGUAACAAAUUCAUGGAAAUCAAGAUUUAAUGCUAUUUCAAUGAGAUAUAAGGAAUCACUAUCGAAGAGUACUCGAGAGUUGAAGGAUAGGCUUUUUAACAAGAGUCCAUCCAUGUCAAACAUUGGUUCAGAAGACAGGAGAGAAGUGAAUGCUGCUGGCAUUGAAAAUUUAUCUGCAAAAGUUGUCAUGUAUCCAUAUCCAGAUAUGUCCUGUAGAGGGGAACAGAGUUAUGUUUACAAGGUGAAGGGAGCAAAUUACCAUUUGGUCCUUAAUAAACAGUGGGGGGUGGGGAGGGAGAUGGCUUUUUAACACAUGGUUUAAUAUUUCACAACUUUCUUUUUCUAUCUGCUUGUGAAAAAAAAAAAAACCUUGAUAUAGAAACAUAGAUUUGGUAUGGACAGCAUACGUUAUUACAUGAUUGUUUUGUUUGGAGGGUUUGUGUUGAAUUAUUUGGUAUACUAUUACUAUGGAGAAAAUAUGAUUGAUAUUGGGUUAUAAUCACAAGAACGUGAUUCACAC